CUGGGCGAAGGCUUGAUGGAGAAGGCAGGUGCAACACCUACCCACCGAUUAUUUCUCAAGACUACAUUUCCCAUAGAGACUUGCGCCGUGCCCAAGAAUCCGUGGAAAACCGAUUGCGCCUGCGUGUCCAGACGUGGCAACGGCAUCAUGGCCUCUCGGAACCGCUGCGGGAGUCGGAUGAGAGGGGCGAAAAUGUUCAUGCUGGCGUUGCUGGUGUGGCUGCUGCCAGUGCUGGAGGCAGUGAAAGUUUCUCCCCUCAUAGAGAAGGUCAGUGACCACAAAGACUUCAAGAAGCUGCUCAGGACGAGAACCAACGUUCUGGUGCUCUACACCAAGACAGCUGCAUCAGGGGACUCCCACCUGAAACUGCUAUCAGAUGUGGCCCAGACAGUGAAGGGCCAAGGGACUAUUGCCUGGGUCAACUGUGGCGACUCAGAGGGCCGUAAGCUCUGUAAGAAAGUGAAGGUGGACCCGAGCUCCAAACAUGGAGGAGCGGAGCUGCUGCAUUACAAAGAUGGGACGUUUCACACAGAGUACAACAGGCCUGCUACCUUCAAGUCCAUGGUAGCAUUCUUAAAGGACCCUUCAGGACCCCCACUGUGGGAGGAGAACCCUGAGGCAAAAGACGUUGUCCACCUUGAGACAGAAAAAGACUUCAGAAAGCUGCUCAAGAAAGAGGAGAGGCCUGUCCUCAUGAUGUUCUACGCUCCCUGGUGCGGCGUUUGUAAGAGAAUGCAGCCCAUCUUUCAGCAAGCAGCCACAGAGACCAAAGGGAAAUAUGUACUGGCGGGGAUGAAUGUGCAUCCAGCUGAGUUCGACGGCCUCAAGCAGGAGUACAGCGUCAAAGGCUACCCGACCUUCUGCUACUUUGAGAAGGGAAAGUUCCUUUACCACUAUGAAAACUAUGGAGCCACGGCCAAGGAUAUCGCGGACUGGAUGAAGAACCCUCAGCCCCCCCAGCCGAAGACCCCUGAGGUGCCGUGGUCAGAGACAGACUCCCCAGUCUUCCACCUGACCGAUGAGUCUUUUGACAGCUUCCUGGAAGAACAUCCUGCAGCCCUGGUCAUGUUCUAUGCCCCAUGGUGUGGACACUGCAAGAAGAUGAAGCCAGAGUAUGAUGAAGCUGCUGAAAUACUCAACAAGGGCGCGGACAGUCCGGGUGUGUUGGCAGCGGUGGAUGCCACAGUGCACAAGGCUGUGGGAGAUCGCUUCAAGAUCUCGGGCUUCCCAACUGUUAAGUAUUUUGAGAAAGGUGAGGAGAAGUACACGCUGCCACAGCUCCGAAGCAAAGACAAGAUCAUCGAGUUCAUGCACAAUCCCCAGGCACCUCCUCCACCGGAGCAGUCUUGGGAAGACAAGCCGUCCAGCGUCAGCCAUCUUGGAUCAGAGGAUUUUCGAGAGGCAUUGAAGAAGAAAAAACAUGCUCUGGUCAUGUUCUACGCUCCCUGGUGUCCACACUGUAAAAACUCGGUUCCCCACUUCACCACAGCAGCAGAGUUCUUUAAAGAGGACCGCAAGAUUGUUUACGCUGCUGUGGACUGUACAAAAGGACAGAACCAUGACCUGUGUAAGCAGGAAGGGGUGGAGGGCUACCCAACAUUUAACUACUACAACUAUGGCAAGUUUGUGGAAAAAUACAAUGGAGAUCGUGGGGAGGCGGGCUUCACAAGCUUCAUGCGCAGUCUAAGAGGACGCGAUCAGGAAAAGGUUGUCAAGAGGAAGGAGGAGCUCUGAGGGCGGCAGGGAGGGGGCGUUGCACUGCACAGUCUGUCAUUGCACUGUGACCCUUGACCCUGGCAAGGGUCCUAUCAGCACUGACGUGGGAGACUUGAUGACCUCAGCGAAAGGCUAUUUUUUAUAUCAUGCUGAUCACGUUUGUAAUAAUACCAACAGAGUACCUACAGUUAGACCGACCACUUGAGACUUCUUUUUUCAUGGAUAAUCUGACGGGCAGAAAAUACACAGAUGAAACACAGUGAUUUUUUUUUUUUUUUUUUUUUUGCCCAAUUUUUUGUUUGCCCAAACACUGUGACUGCAUAUGUGAAAAGCUACAUCCUAUACUGUAUCUAUGCAAUACUGAUCCCUGCUUAGCACUGUGGGGUUCUGGAUGACUGACUUGACACCCGGGAUGGUGGGCAUCAUGAGUGGUGGCUGCACUGUCCAUGACUCCACAAGGGUCCUAAUCGAGUACCAUAAACCCUGCUCUGUCUCUAGAAGAGACGCGUUGUGAUUAUUGACAUACAUCUGUUGGUUCCAUUGUUUUUGUACAGAACUUUCAUAUCUCAAGUGCAGAACCAUCCAGAAUAUUGUUUUGUUAUCCCCACAAAUCAGCUGAACAAUAACUGCAUUUAGACAGUAAAAUGUGAAGUGCUACUGCAGGUAAUAUGAUAUUGUAGCAAUGAAAAGUAUGUGAAAUUCUGGCCAAAGGGUCAAUAUUUUGGAUGGUUAUGGACUCCCAUGAUUACUUUUUGCUUUUAGAAAGGACUUACCAAUUUUGUUUGCUUAAAAAAAGUGGCCUUAACAAUAUAAAAAUAAAAAAUAGCAGUAAUUGCUUAAAUAUAAUAAGUACAAGAGAAUCCGAGUCCUGGUUCCCUUGUAGUUUCUCAAGUCAUGGAUUAGAGCAAGUCAAAGGAGAAGAAAAACUAGAACAUGAAAUGCCAAAUAUUCUUGCGCAUUGCCCUUCAUAUUUUCAUGCUUUGUACAAUAACAAUAUCCACAGCUGUGGUGAUGCUUUUACAUCUUGUACCUCCUCUGUUGUUCAUUCAGAAUGGGAUUCCAUUAAUGUUUUAACAAGGGUUGGGCUCAUUUAUAUAAGCAUGGAAGACACUCAAGUAUGGUGGCUAAAUACUGCAUGUUGAUGAUGAAGUCUCCAAAACGCAGUAUCCCACAGUCCCCUCUGCACUCACACGUUCAGGGAGAUGCUAGAAUAAUUCAGGCCUCUAGUGUACACUUUGAGCAUUCAGGGUUUUUUGUUUGAGGCUACCCAGUUGGUUUUUUGUUCAUGUUUUUCUGGCACUUUCUGCUGAACUGAAUGACUCCAAGGAGGCCAAAAUGACACCACUGUGGACAAUUUGGUCUCAAUCUCUGUCUGCCUGUCUGCCAUGCCUCGUCCUGGAAUUGUUCGCUGUCAGUUCAGUUGGACAGUGCUCUCCCAUGCCUUCUGUCAAAUUUCCAAAUUUCACUGUACAUCAGAGGAGUAAUUAAGUAUCAGAUGAGUGACAGCCCACCCUCCACCUCUGUCUCAUAACAACAUCGAUACAGAGCCAUCAUCAUUACUUUUGUGGCAGUUUUUUUAUGUUGUGUGUUUUCAGCUCCCACACUACAGCCACUAUAAAUAAUGUAAAGGCUUAUCUGUAGCUGAACUUGUGUUUUAUUAUUCAAGACUUUGGUUUCUUUCAUUAUGAAUGAGGUUCUCAGGGAUAGCGUAACACAAUUAAAGGGAACUAGUUUGUUCGUUAUUUUGCAUUCCAGCUGAAUAAUUUUUAGCCCUUAGAUCACCAAAUUAAAUAUUGUUUACAUUUGUAUCCCAAGAAAAAAAAAAAAAGAACAGAUGAAUUGUCUUUUUCUGUGCUAUAUCAUGACAACAUGUAUCGAAUGAGACGUGCUGUCAGUAAAUGUUACUGAACUGUUUCUCGUCAAACAUUAACAUUGUGAUUCCUAAUGAACUCAUUCCAUGUGAAACUGUCUCAAAUGUUCUGGCUGGCACCAAACACUUUUGUUCAAUGUGAUUUAACAUUUCAUGGUAUGCAAGAGCAUUUUGAAAGAGUGUUUCACACAGGUGUUGACAUACCGCUGUAAUUAGAUGUUCACUCUCCUCUCGAGUGGAAACAAUGACCUUUGUUUACUGUGUCCAUUUGUUUUUGUUUGGAACCCGCUGUAGUGACAUCACGUUUGCUGAAUAACAGAAAGACUAUCUUAUCCCAAAGGUAUCCAUGUUGUGUGGGAAUUUGUUACACUUAAGCCAAGAAGUCAUUGUUGCCUUUGUUGAUUUUUACUGUGCCCAGUCAUACGUACAGUUUUGCCCCAUGCAGUAAGGACCUUGCGAGAAAAAAAUAAAGUCAAACAUUUCAGAACA